AUGGUCUCGGACAAGUCGCUGUUCACGACCUAUCGCCAUAUCGCUCCUACGAAGAUUGGUGGUAUUGCAGGGGGCAUCAACGCCAUCGGAACGGGAAACAUCGCCUUCAUUGCCGCCUCGGGUCAUCCGAUCACGCUUACCGGCGUGCUGCACACUCCGGGCCUGUUUGUCAAUCUUCUCUCGGUCUCUCGACUUUGCGACACCGACGAUGUCCGUGUCGCCUUCACAAAACACGGCAUCCACAUUGACAAGGACGGCAACGACAUCGCUGAAGGCGCACGACUCGACGAAGGGCUCUACUUGCUGGACGCUGAUCAUUCCAAAUGUCAGCACCUUGCUCUCCUUUCUCGCUCACAGUCGUCCGUGCCCUGCUGACUCUCCAUCGCUGCCUCGGCCAUCUCGCACCGUCCUCCAUACAGAAGAUGGUUGCCGCUGGUUUGCUGGAGGGUCUCAGGGCCGGAUAUAGUGACGAAGAGGUAGAGAAGUUUGUCUGCAAUGCUUGCCUCAGCGCAAAGGGCCAUCGUCUCCUUUCCCGAUUCGGAUUCGCACUCCUCAGAGAGACUCGGCCUUGUACACAGCGAUGUGCUUUCCUUCCCCGAGCGGUCCUUGACUGCAAACGUUACCUGGUCACAUUCCUUGACGAUUACUCGCGCAAACUCUGGGCCUACGCAAUCGGACACAAAAGCGAAGUCUUCGGCAUAUUCAAAACUUGGCUAGCCGAGGUUGAACUCGAGACGGGUGCGACGCUGAAGGUCCUCCGAACCGACAACGGUGGCGAAUACUGUUCGAGAGCGUUCACAGAGUUCUGCAAGACACGAGGCACCCGUCGACAAUACUCUAUCCCACGCACGCCUCAACAGAACGGUCGUGCAGAGCGGGUCAAUCGUUCCAUUGUCGAAGGCGUCCUUGCCCUCUUGUCGACGCCCACCUACCCAAGACAUUCUGGGAGGAGGCUGCAGCUUAUUUCGUUUACUGCAAGAACCUGUGUCAACACGCGGCCCUGGACAAGGCAACACCAAACUCCGUCUGGCAGGGUGACCACACCACUGCCUCGGCGCUUCACCCGUUCGGCUGUACAGCUUGGCUUACGGUCGCGCCCGAACUUCGCUCCAAACUCGACCCGAAGGCGGUUCGCGUUUUUUUUCACCGGCUACGACCUGGCUUCAAAAGCUUUCGCUUCUACGACACUACAACACAGAAGAUUAUACUUGGCAGAAAUGCCACGUUCCUCGACACUGGAAUUCCCCGGAUUACAUGGCGACCCCACUGAGCAAGACGGCGACACGCACUUCGCCAGCGCUCCCACCACCGAAUCUCAAACCGUUGUCAAGACAUGGACCCCACUAGUAAGGUCGGCGCACAUGGACGUCUCAUCCCCCCUUGAUGAUUCUGCCAUGAGCGCCGUUGACGUGGCCCCAGGGUACACUGGCGGAACCUUACUUAACUUCACAGAUGCCGAAUCGUCCUCGUCACCGUCGCCUGCGUCGCCCUCAUCACCGUCGUCUGCGCCAUCGCCUGCACUUUCACCAUCGUCGGCUGCGUCAUCGUCACCCUCGGCCUUACCGGACCGACUCUGAAGACUCCGCCGAUCCCCUCGACCUCCUCGGCUCACAGCCCCAGGUUCGCCCUCGAUCUACAGGACGUGCACCACCCAGACUUCAGCACGUACCGCGAGCCCGCAUCGGCUGAGGAGUCGCCCGACGAACUCGACCUCAUUGGGCGCCACUCUCGCGACGAAUCUCCGGACGAAAUCGAUUUCCUCACCCGACACCACCGCGCCUUCAUCGCCAUCGACGACGACACCUCUGACACAGAGGCAAUUCAGCCAGUCAAGUCCAUCACGAGCGACCCACAGACCUGGCGCGAGGCGAUGUCUAGCGACAAGCGUGAAGUAUGGGCCAAAGCCGCCACCGACGAGUUCACCUCCAUGCGCGACGACUUCAAGGUCUUCACCAUCGAGGACCGAGCCACGGUGCCCGCGGGUGCGACUAUCGUUACAUCCAAGUUCGUCUGGAAAACGAAACGGAACGCACUCGGCGAAGUCACUGGACACAAGGCAAGGCUGGUCGCGCAAGGCAAUCGGCAACGCGACGGCAUCGACUUCAACGAAACGUUCGCACCGGUCGCACGCUUCUCCUCGAUACGCUCACUCCUCGCGCUGGCGGCCGCCAACGGCUUGCACGUGCACCAGGCGGACAUCGACAAAGCAUAUCUGCAUGGCGACCUUGACCACGACAUCUGGAUGACGGCACCGCGCGGCUUCGACUUCCCAGCGACAAGGUGCUUCGCCUGCGACGCUCCAUCUACGGGCUCAAACAGGCUGGCCGAAUCUGGAAUCGACACAUCGACGCUUCGCUUCGGGCCCUCGGUUACACGGCGACGGGCACCGACCACUGCGUAUACUCUUGGCUCGAUGAUCGUCAAUGUCCACACUACAUCGCACUGUACGUCGACGACCUCCUGAUGAUCAGCCCGGAACUGGCCGAAAUCGAACGUGUCAUCUCAGGCCUGGACCAACGCUACGGAGUCAAGCGCCUCGGCCCGGCCGAGUAUAUCCUCGGCAUCCAGAUCAGGCGGUUCGACGACGGCUCUAUCGCCCUAUCCCAGGAACGGUACAUCAUGGACGUGCUCGCUCGGUUCCACUUCGACACCACGACUCGCGGCACUACAGUUCCGAUGACUCCCGGCCUUUCGCUCACUGCUAUCCCGGGUCAAGGCACCGAACGGAUCAGGUCAUGGUAUCUGCAGGCUAUCGGCUCGCUCCUCUACAUUUCGCUCGGUACCCGCCCUGACAUCGCCUUCGCCGUGUCCUACCUGGCCCGCUUCGCCAACAACCCCGGUCGUCGUCAUUGGAUUGCGGUCAAGCACAUCCUACGCUAUCUCCGGGCCACGUAUCGCAACGAACUCGUGUAUGCUCGCGGCCAGGCUCGCAUCACGGGUGUGGUAGGCUACUCCGACGCGAACUGGGGGGCCUGCAUCGACACAUCGGUGUCCACCAUGGGCUACGUCUUCUACAUCGCUGGCUCGGCCGUGUCCUGGUCGUCCAAACGCCAGUCUCGAGUUGCCGAUUCGACCACCGACGCUGAAUACUCGCCCUCUCGCAUGCUGGCAAGGAAGGGAUUUACCUCAGUCAGCUGCUCGAAGAGCUCCAUGUACAACCUGUUGCACCGGCUCACAUCUUUACUGACAACGAAGCCGCUGCUGCAGUUGCUCACGAUCCUGUCCGCGUCUCUGGCACUCGGCACAUACGCUUGCGUGAGCACUUCGUUCGGGACAUGGUGAAUCGGGGCGACAUCUCUCUCUCGCAUGUGGGUACCAGCGACAUGGUGGCCGACAUCUUCACCAAGGCUCUCGGCCCAAAGGUCUUCUCAACGCACUGCUACGCCCUCGGCCUUCGCACUCGACACCCGCGGCUUGGGUCUGCCUCGCAUUCGCGUGGGGGGGGGUGUGAAGAGUCCACUCUCAGCUCGACAGGGGCGCCUCGGUCGUUGCGCGCACUUGCUAGCCCGCCCCCGGCGGUGGGGACUUAGACGCGCGCGACUGCCUCAGCGCGCCAGCGCCGGCGGAUUCAUGCGCGCGCCCGCUAGCCCGCCCCCUUGCGGUGGGACUUAGGCGCGCCGGCGAUUUCACCCGCGGCUGACUUAGGGAUGUACAUUGUCACGCGCCUGGGACUAUCCCAGCGUGGCCCCCCCUUUCUGUUUCUUAGCUUCCUUCUCAUCACUUCUGUUCGACUCUCAACCUCUCCUGACAGUAGUGGUGAACGUCUCAUAGGUACGCUGAAAUAGAUCACUUCUGUUCGACUCUCAACCUCUCCUGACAGUAGUGGUGAACGUCUCAUAUGCAGGGGCAUCAACGCCAUCGGAACGGGAAACAUCGCCUUCAUUGCCGCCUCGGGUCAUCCGAUCACGCUUACCGGCGUGCUGCACACUCCGGGCCUGUUUGUCAAUCUUCUCUCGGUCUCUCGACUUUGCGACACCGACGAUGUCCGUGUCGCCUUCACAAAACACGGCAUCCACAUUGACAAGGACGGCAACGACAUCGCUGAAGGCGCACGACUCGACGAAGGGCUCUACUUGCUGGACGCUGAUCAUUCCAAAUGUCAGCACCUUGCUCUCCUUUCUCGCUCACAGUCGUCCGUGCCCCUGCUGACUCUCCAUCGCUGCCUCGGCCAUCUCGCACCGUCCUCCAUACAGAAGAUGGUUGCCGCUGGUUUGCUGGAGGGUCUCAGGGCCGGAUAUAGUGACGAAGAGGUAGAGAAGUUUGUCUGCAAUGCUUGCCUCAGCGCAAAGGGCCAUCGUCUUCCCUUUCCCGAUUCGGAUUCGCACUCCUCAGAGUGUGAGGAAUCCACUCUCCGCUCGGCUCAGGACUUAGGCGCGCGGAGCGAACCGGGCGCGGACUUAGGCGCGCGGAGUGAGCCGGGCGCCCGGCCCAGGACUUAG